GAGCUAAGAUUCGUUCGGACAAAGAGUUAAAAGAGAGAGAGAACGUGUUCCGGUUGGGAAGUAGAAAAAACAACAAGCAGUGUGUCAACAAAAAACAUAAACGUGAGGGGGUCUCUUCUUUUCACCUCCCAAAAAAACCUACCCCUGUCGCCUGCGAAUCACAACUUCGCCUCAAAUUCUGAUCUAUUCGCAACGAAGCCGCGCGAUUAAAUCGAAUCGCAUGAUCGAUCUGAUCUGAGGCGAUAGAAUCAGAUUUUAUGAGCGAUGUUCAGUGAUCGGCGGAAGCGGGAUAUGGCCACCAAUCACGGUGGAUACAAGCCUUCUUAUGGCAGAGGCGGCGGCGGAAGUAUGGUGGUUCUUUCUCGGCCGAGAAGCUCGCAAAAUGCUGGGCAGAAGCUCUCUGUUCCACCUCCCUUGAACCUUCCUUCACUCCGUAAGGAGCAUGAGCGCGUCGAUUCAUCCGGUUCCGGCUUUCUCUCCGGAGGAGGUGUCUCCGGGAGUGGAGCUAGACCAGCUUCCUCCGGGAUGGGGUGGAGCAAGCCUGCUGGUGAACGUGUCGAAGAACCGUUGAUACGGUCUGUAGAGAAAGUUUCGACCUUGAGGGGUGAAGAUUUUCCAUCUCUCAAGGCCUCUCUACCUUCAGCUUCUUCAGUGUCUGAGACACAAAAACAUAAAGAUGGUCUGAAUCAGAAUCAGAAUCAGAAUCAGAAACAGAAGCGAGAAGAGUUUCACAAAGAGAACAGAGUUGUGAUAGAUGUGAGACCUCAGAACCGGUUCUUGGGUAAUGAAGAGUUGAGUGAGAGACCUAGUUUCUCAGAUGGGGUGAAGAAAAAGGAUUACCUUCUUCCAGGGCCAUUGCCUAUUGUUCGUAUGUCCCCACGGUCUGAUUGGGCUGAUGAUGAGCGUGACACUAGCCAUGGCUUUAGAGAUAGAGAUUACGGCUAUUCGAAGAGUGAACCAGUAGUAGUAAGGGAGGCCAAUGCUUGGAGAGUCUCCUCGCCUCUCCAAAACGAAGUUGCAAAUAAUAAUAAUAAUAAUAAUAACAGUAGAGGUAUUUAUGGAGCAAGGCCGAAUAGUAGAGGCAGAGAAGGUCUUAAGAAAGGUAACUACGUCUUGUCAGGACAAAGAGAUAAUGUUUGGAAUAGCUCCGGAGCUAGAGAGGCUCAUGGAGGAGGAAGGCAGCCAUGGAGUAAUAAUAAUGGAAUUGAUCAUCAGAAUAGGGACAAACGUCCUUUAUUCAAGAAAGACAAACCUCAUGUGGAAGAUCAUUUCGGCGACUCUGGAUUUGAUGUCCAUGAUCCGUUCCCGGUCCUUGGUGUUGCUAAGAAGAAGAAAGAGGCUUUAAAGCAGACAGAGUUCCACGACCCUGUCCGAGAAUCAUUCGAGGCUGAGCUUGAGCGAGUUCAGAAGAUGCAGGAGGAGGAGCGCAGGAGGAUCAUCGAGGAGCAGGAGAGGGUGAUCGAGCUAGUUAGAACUGAAGAAGAGGAGAGGCUGCGGCUGGCUCGGGAGCAAGACGAGCAGCAGAGCAGGUUAGAAGAGGAAGCCAGAGAAGCAGCCGUUAGAAACGAGCAGGAGAGGCUAGAGGCCGCGAGGAGGGCGGAAGAGUUGAGGAAGUCGAAAGAAGAGGAGAAGCAUAAGCUGAUCUUGGAGGAAGAGAGGAGGAAGCAGGCUGCUAAGCAGAAGCUUCUCGAGUUGGAAGAGAAGAUCUCGAGGAGACAAGCAGAAGCCGCCAAAGGAUGCAGCAACAACAACUCUUCAGAGGACGUUGUUAAAGAGAAAGAGUCUUCAGAUGUUGAUUGGGAAGAUAGUGAAAGGAUGGUGGAUAGGAUCACUACUUCAUCAGCUUCUAGAGACGGCUCCUUUGGGUUCCAGGAUAGGCACAAGCCCUUUUGGAGAAAGGAAGAUGUAGAGAGUGGUGGCAACUCGAGGUUUAUUGAGAAUGUUCCGCAGAGAGAUGUAGGUGAAGGUUUCCCCAAGGAGUUCUUUGGGACAGCUGGAUACAUCGGUAAUGCCAAUUCCUACUUCAAACCUGGAUUCCCAGAGCAUUCAGUUGAUCAGAGCUGGAGAACUCCUGGUGACGGAAGAUCCUACGGUAGAAACUACGGGAUGGAACAACCAGAGCCAGAGCAGCAGUAUGGUAAUAACCCCGGGUGGGGACAAAGCCAGAGCCGUGGACGCCGCGGUGGUGCAUACCCUGCGUAUCCUGAGAAGCUGUAUCCGAAUCAUGAGGAGGAUGAUUACUACCCUUUUGGAAGACCAAAGUAUUCAGUCAGGCAGCCACGUGUGCUCCCUCCUCCUCCGCAGGAGUCUAGGCAGAAGCUUCCCUUCAGAAGCGAGGCUGAGCAUCAUCCUGGCCCCUCGAGUUCCGUUCUCGCCAGCUAUAUUGGGGAUCUUCAAGACCAUCAUCAUGUCAUGUCGGGGACUGGUAUGGAUGAUCAUCGCUUUGAUAGCAAGCUGACUGGAAGAUGCGACUCUCAGUCUUCGCUUUCCAUCACCAGCACGCCUGACUCCCUCGUUCAUAUCUCUCAUGAUGAUUUGGACGAAUCGGGGAACUCGUCUGUGUUGGUAUCUUCUAGAAAGGGAGACGGUGGUGGUGGUUUACUAGAUGCUGGGAAGGAUAGUUUGAUGAAUGCUGCGUGUCCUGUGUCUUGUUGGGAUAACGAAGAGUGGGCUCUUGACAACAACGAACGGUUGCAGGAGCAAGAAGAGUACGACGAAGACGAAGAUGGGUACCAGGAGGAGGAUAAAGUACACGGUGUUGAUGAGAACAUUGAUCUCACCCAAGAGCUGGAAGAGUUGCAUCUCCAGGAGAAAGACUCUAACCUAGUCUUGGGCUUCAACGAAGGAGUGGAGGUUGAGAUACCCAGCGAUGACUUAGAAAAAUGUCAACAGAAAGACAGUUUCUUAGACGGUGAAAGACCUUCUAGCUGUGAUGAACAAACCGCCAAACCUGCGGAAGUUUCUGAUAAUGCGUCUACGAGCUUUCAGGGUACUGAAACCAACUCAGCGAGUUACCCAACAGUUUCUACUCAUCUUGUGGCACCGCCUUACAGCAUUGGUCUGCACCAGUCAAAUGUACCUUCUGCUUCAGCGCAGAUGGAGGAGCGUGUUCAGUUUCAGUUCGGAUUGUUUUCUGGUCCAUCACUGAUACCUUCUCCUUACCCUGCCAUACAGAUUGGUUCCAUCCAAAUGCCUCUUCCUCUUGAUCCUCAGUACGGCUCCUCGCUUACUCAUAUCCAACAGCCUCAGUCACCAUUCAUUCAGUUUGGUCAGGUAGGAUAUACAUCCCUAAUAACCCAAGGGGUACUUCCACCACCACCACAUCCACCUCAAAAUCCUGGAUCCAUGGCCACUGGCCAGCUUGGUCAAGGUAGAAAUGCAGCAGCGCCUGCCUCAAACCCUCAGAUCAGUGUUCUUAGGAGACCAGUGGAUGUUUCUGAUGGUGACAAACUAAAGAAUGCCAAUAUCUCUCCAGCGAGCGGUGAGGUUGCUGUGCCGCCACCUCAUAAGCAAGGAGAGUUCUCUGGUAAGUCCGAACCAGCCUCGAGAAAGAUGAGUCAUGGAAGAUCAAAUUUUGCUGAUAGACAAUCAGGAGGAGGCCAAGUAGUUAGUAGAAAUUCUGGCGGUCCUGGUGAGGCUUCUCGGGGGGAUACUGGUGGUUAUAGAAGAUAUCAACGUCAAAGGGUUGAGUUUAGGGUUCGGGAAUCGAACUGGCCUUCUGAGGAGAAUCGAAAUGGCAAUGGAAAGUCUCAAAAUUCCAACAGAAGUGGGAGUAGAAAGUAUGUCGUGUCCAAGUCCCAGAAAUAUUCCUCAGACAGCUCAGUGUCUGGUUCGAAUUCUGUUCAGAAAGUUGAGGGUCCUAGUGAUGAUAAUGAUGAUGAUUUUAUUGAGGUGAGAUCAAAAAGACAAAUGCUUAAUGAUCGUCGUGAACAGAGAAAGAAAGAAAUCAAGGAAAAGUCCCAGGCCUCAAAGGCAUCCAGGAAACCUCGGUCAACUGUGCAGAACAGUACUGCUGCAGCCAGGUCCAACAGAAGUCCACCAGGUGGCAGGGUUGUAAACACUAAGCAGAUUAAUCCUGUCUCCAACAGACAGCUGUUAGCCCCAAUUGGCACACCUUCUCCUAAAACAGAUUCUCAUGGUGAUGAAAAAACUGGGAGCAGCAGAGAUAUCCCUGAUCAGAAUCCAGCGUCAAGUUUUGUAUUCAGCAACAAAAAUAAUGUUCUGGAAAGUGUUCAAACGUCUGUGGGGACUUGGAGCAACCAACUCACCGAUCAGCCGGUAAUGGCCCUAACCCAGAGUCAGCUUGAUGAAGCCAUGAAACCUGCAUCUCUUCUUUCAUGUGUUUCUGUUGAGAAUGGUGUCAACCGAAUUAGCGAGCCAAAUCCUAAAUCAACCUCCUCUGUCGCGCCGUCGAAGAACAAUACUUUUCCAAGCCCAGUAAACUCAUUGCUUGCAGAAGGCAAAAUCCAAUUUGGGGCAGUUACAUCUUCUUCUGUUAUUCCUCCUUGUGGUGAGAACAAUACUUCUUUAUACUUUGAAAAGGAUAGAACCCCAUCAUCCUCUGGCAUGGAGAUUUGUGAAGCAGAAGCUGCUGCGUCAGCCAUUGCCGUUGCAGCCAUAACUAGUGAUGAAACCAGUGGGAACACUGCUUCUGUAUUACCUACUGAAACCAAAAUUUAUGGAGGAACAAGUGGCACUGUUGUGGCGCAGCCUAGUCUAUCAAAAGCUGAAGAGUCUCUCACUGUUUCUCUUCCAGCAGAUCUUUCAGUGGAGACCCCAAUCUCUCUGUGGCCACCAGUGCCAAGUCCACACAACUCAAACCAAAUGAUCACUCACUUUCCUCAAGCCCCUCCUCAUUUCCCUUUCUAUGAUAUGAACCCCAUGUUGAGAGGACCUAUCUAUGCCUUUGGCCCGCACCAUGACUCAGGAGCAAACCAACCACAGUCUCAGAAAGGUCCUUCCGGUCCACCUACGACGUGGCAGCAGCAGCAGGGUCAUUCAGGAGUAGAUUCCUUCUAUGCUCCUGCUGGUUUCACUGGUCCUUUCCUAACACCACCUGGUGCUAUGCCUCCUGGAGUUCAGGGGCCUCCUCACAUGUUUGUUUAUAACCACUUUGCACCUGUUGGACAGUUUGGAGGGUUGAGUUUCAUGGGCACAACUUACAUCCCAUCUGGGAAGCAACCAGAUUGGAAGCACAACCCUAUGGUGUCUUCUUCUCAGGCUGGAGGAGAUGGUGAUGUGAACAAUCCAAAUGUGUCUCCCAUGCAGUGUAACGUUGUCCCUGCUUCUCUUCAACACCUUGCUAUGCCUUCUCCUCUUGCCAUGUUUGAACCAUCCCCUUUCCAGUCUUCUUCUUCUCAGGAGAUGCCUGUUCGAGCACGGUGGCCUUAUAUGCCGUUUCCGGGUCCCCCAACAAUGCAAAUCCAGAAUCAGCAGGAAGCAGUAGAUGGCUCACCAUCUCAGUUUAACAACAACAACAUGCUUCCUCCUCCCGCCAACAGAUAUCCAAACAUCCAAACACCCACGGUGGCAGAUGCAGUGGACUCCUCAAACUCUUACGGUUCUGCUUCACAACCAAAACCCAUCACCACCUUGUCCGAUCCCAACACUCAAAAUCCAGCUAAUCCUGCCUUCAAGCCGCCACCACAACCACAACAACAACAACAACAACAGUCCUCCCAGGAGAAGAACACGCAGUCUCAGCAUGUUGGUGGGUCCAGCCACCACAAUCAACAUCAACACCAGCAUAACAGGAGAUCGGGCUUCCAUGGGAGAAACCAGGCCGUAACUAGAGAGAGAGGCUACCAUAACAACAACACAAAGGUGAAGCAGAUUUAUGUGGCUAAGCAGAGUAGUAGUAACAGCAACAACGCAUCUGCCUCUGCCUCUUCCACCACAACAGCUUCGCCUUCAAUAUGAUUGGUGGUCAUUAUCAUUAUCCAUGUGUCCGUUUAAGAUUAUAUGAACACAAGUCAAAUAACAUAAGCAGCUUUGGCUUCAUAAGGAGAUAUCCUUCUUUUUGUAUUUUCUCAUUGGAUAAAAAUAGAUUUGUCUUAUUUGCUCUCGUUUGGGGUUUCACUAUAUGGAACUUUGGUAUCAUUAGUUUUGAAUUUAUGUUUUGGGUGAAAUACCUUAUUCAUAGUUCCAAUGUUUCCCCAUAAUAUAUCUCUUGUCAACAUUGUCUUGUAUUAUUUUUACAAAUCAGUGAACUCUUUUUAUUUUUUA